GUGGCUCAAUGACUCAAUCCAAACGACUGCAUUUGGUUCCAAAAAGUGUGGCCACUUUGUUCCUCUCCUUUUUCCCGCUCUUCCAUUCUCUCUCCUCUUUGUAUAUCAGCCAUUUCAAACACUAUAUACCUCCAAUCUUUCCAAAUUCCGCACAGUUGACCUAAUUCUCCCAAAUUUAUCCCCAAUUCUCCAAUUAAUUUCAACAAUGGCUUCACAUUUUCACAGAUUUAUCACCGUUUUCGUCAUUUUAGUCGCCUUUUGUCUGAACAGGCCUUUAUGCCGCGGAGAAAGGGAGAAGGAAAAAACAUUAGCUAUUAUCAAGCCAGAUGGAAUUUUGGGCAACUACAGUGAUAAAAUUAAAAAUAUAAUUACAGGUUAUGGGUUUAGUAUUACGAGGGAGAUGAGGAUCCAGCUUGAUGAGGAUGCUGUGAGGAGCUUCUAUGCUGAACAUUCCUCUAAAAGCUUUUUCCUUAGUCUUGUCAAAUAUAUGACAAGUGGUCCAAUCUUGGUAAUGAUUCUGGAGAAGGACAAUGCUGUUGCUGAUUGGCGUAAGUUGAUUGGACCCACUGAUGCUGAGAAGGCUAAGGUCACUCAUCCUCAAAGUAUUAGAGCGAUGUGUGGCUUCAACAUGGAGAGGAAUUGUGUCCACGGUUCUGAUUCUACUCAAUCUGCUUCAAGGGAGAUAUCAUUUUUCUUUGAUGUACAGGAUACAAGGCAUGAUGAGUUGUGAAGUUGGUUGUGUUUGCAAUCUCUCAUGGAGCAUUUGCAGCGUUUGCAGCUCUUAUCAGUACUAAAUAUGGAACUACGUUUCCCACCAAAUCCGGGCCAUGAUCAUCAAAGGCCCCCACAAGGUGACCGCCUUAUCUCUUGAUAUUACUCCUUUUUAGGACUCUCUUGGCAAAGUGGAAGUUAACAACAUAUUCUAAACUUUUGUCUACAUGAUGUACUGAUUGCCACGUAAGUCGAUUUACUUUAAUUAAUUCUUGAUUAGCAAACUAGUGGCAGUAAUUUUUUGUUAUUUUUUUAACUGCGAAAGAUCCAAUGGAACUUUGGAAGUAUGGUCAAAGUUUUUAGGCUUAUAAUUACAGCCACUUUCAUGGUUUUGUGGAGGAUAAAGUUCCACAUCAUGGUCUUUCAUGGUGCUAGUGGAUUUUCCGUUUCAGGAAAGUUUUGCUCAUUAUUUGCUGUUUUUAGUUAUAAGUUGGGUUUCCAAAAUUCCUUAUACAGUUAUUCAUACGUAUAUCUAGUAGUUUUCACAUGCAUUUGAUCUCCCGUUUGCCUAAGAAAAGUCUACAUAUUUCUUUCUUGGUGGGUGCAAUUUUUGUUUUUAAAUUUUUCUUCCUUUUUCUUGCACUUUCCAUCUCGAGAUCGAGUUUUCAGAGUUUUGAAGGGAAGUCCCAGGGAAAACGGGUCUCGAUUUGCGUAACAACCCAUAGUUUUACAAAAUAAUCAGAGAUAUUUUUAUUACUUGGUUCUCUUCUUUCUUAAUCUGAUUGGUUAUGUUCUAAUUAAUCUGUGAUUAAGCUCAGUUUUUAAAACCUUUCUGUGAACCACAGAAUGUCUUACACAUAGCUUACUGGUGGGUUUUAACAUUAUUAAUUGGUGUUAUAGACGUGACAAUUCUAAACUUGAGUGAUUUUUCCUUUCCUGAAUUUUUUUAGAGUUGACAAAUUUUCUCAGUCGCGACACGUGUUUCAUGUCCUCGGGGUCCCUCGUGCAGCUGAGAUUUAUGUCUGCCAAUUAGAUAAUCUAGUUGGGCACAGCUCUGUAAAACCCAGGGUUGGCUAUCAUUGAUGCAUUUUCUUCUAUUCUUCUGAUUGGUUGAUAAACUUAAGGUAGAGGGUCAGAACUUUGAACAUCUUCUAACAACAAUAGUUUGCAUUCUGAGCUAGUCAAUUAGAUAUUGUGAGGGUAGAACUUAAGAACUUUUACUAUAGCCUGAUUAGCUUAAAUGAGAUAAUUAUCAGAAGGCUAAUGGUGAGCGGAACAAAUGAUAUGUCUGUUCUGAUUAGUGGCCUUUCAAAGGAGGUAAAGGUUAAUCACAAAUUUGGGGGUUACAAAUGCUUUUUUAUGUGUUUGAGCAUGUUACAUGGAAAACUUUGAGGGUUUACAGCAUAAACUUUAGAUUGUAUUAUAGAGGGAAAACAGUGUAGAUUGUAAGAGGCUCUGAUCUUCAAUUUUUUUAUCUUGAAGAAAAAAAAGUGAGGUUGGGGGGUUUUUAGUUUGGAUUAGUUCAGAUUGUGGUUUGAUUAUGAUAAUACAAACUUUUCUAUAAGGCGGUCUUACACAAAAGACCACUUUGGUAUCAUAUAAGUUAAGCAAUGGAACCAAUUAGUUAAGCACUUGAACUAAUUAGUUAAGCAUUGAAACCAAUUAGUUAAGCAAAAGAAUUAAUUAGUUAAGCAAAUGAAUUAAUUAGUUAAGCAAUGUAACCACUUAGUUAAGAAAUUGAACCAAUUAGUUAAGCAACCAAAGUGGUCUUUCCGGUAAGGUGGUCUUACACAAAAGUUGCCGUUAUGAUAAAGUCAAGAGGUCUGAGGUGAAAUGUUGUACCUUUAACCCUUUAUAUGUUUAAGUCUCAGAAGUGCUUGCAUAAUUGCUCUUUGUGCCGUUUGUGAUUUCCUAUAUACAUUCGAUGUAUAAUACGUAGUAUGAGUAUAAUAUUUCGAAUCAUAGUGAUUAGUGAACACCUCUUCCUAGUUCGUACCUUCUAGUUUUCGUCUUGUUUGCCUUGUAAAAUUAGAGUUCAGUGCUAAAGCAAAGCUUCCAAAGGAAGCCAUUUCAUCGUUCUUUUUUUUUUUGUGUUUUAGAUUCAAUCAUAGUAUGCUGCUGAGACUCCAAUCUCCACAUUGUUAGUAUUUAAAUGUGGUUGAAUUACUACAUUGAAGCUUACUAAUUGCAACCUUUUCAUCUUAUACUACCCUCUCUGGUCCUCUCUACCGACUCAUAUAUACUCGAUUUUAGGGCGGCUCUCUUCUAUUGAUGUUGAUAUCCUCGUAAAAUACCUUUCCAUGGAGAAAAUAUAACACCCGGCUUUGAAAACCGGAAGGUGGAAGAAAUGAGCUACUAUCUCCGAUUCUCCGAUCAUAAUUUUCACUUUCCAUUUACUUAAAAUUACAUUUGCGUAAAUAAAUAUAAAUUUUAGUGAUGCCAUUUCUACCUUGUUGUGAGACGUUGAAAGUUACCCUCUCCAACCAAAAGAUAAGAAAUAUCCUCUGCAGAAUUAGGUCAUUCAAUCAUUGUUGACCAUCUUCUACUAGACUUUGCCGAUCAUUAUAAUCUAAAUAUCCUACUUUUUUUCUUGAUACAAACUAGAAAUCUUUGGUUGUAAUUUUUCAUUUGUUUGUAAGAAAACCCUAAUGGGAUUAGGCAAAAUUAUCUUUAGUUGAUCACAAUGCUGUAUAUUUUGGUACCUACGGUUUAUUAGUUGCAUCAUUUUAGACAUAUCCAUCCAUACAAAGCUAACUCCUCUGUUAAAUUUCUAGAAUGGAUAAUAAAUAUAAGAAAUGCGGAUCGGCAAUGAUUUGGAAAAUAUGUUGGACUAUUGAUAUUAAACGUCCGAAGUGACAUCCAUCACAAAUAGACAAAGAGUAAGAAAAAUAAAACCCUCUCCCUUCUCUCUAAGAAAAACUCAAACCUUAGCGCCGCCUCCACCGACGGCUCGCUGGUGGCUGGAGCAUCCUUGCUUGCUAAAAGUCGCCGGCGAGUCGCGGUUUCUUUUCGAUUUCUGUUGUUUGUCAAUUGUAGAUCGACAACUAAAAAUUAGUAGGUGUAAAUUUCCGGCAAAUUCGAAGGAGCAAAGUUUUUCCAUAAUAAGAGGCUUCGAUCUACUCUUAUUUGCUCUUCUUACUGCUGGAAAGGUAGUUGGAGAAGCUAAGGCUAAUUCCAGGUUUCGUGGGGAGGAGUUUGUGGGAGCAGAUCCACUUCACCCUUGGCGGUUAUUCCGAGAUCAUCCUAAUUGCCGCCGCCGUUAAAACGCCGGUAAAGGUAAAAUUAAGAAUUAGGGUUUCUCAUUUGGGGUAAGAAUCGCUCGUUUCUUUGGGCUGUGAUUGUCUUUAAGUCCGAAUCUAGCCUAGUCGCCGCCGUCUCGUUGUGUCGGAAAACGCCGAUCUUGACGGUAAAGGUAAAGAUUAGGGUAGGGAUUCCUAAAUUAGCCGUGUCGCCGUCGUCUUGUAGUGUCGGAAAACGCCGACCUUGAUGAUAAAGGUAAUCAUUGGGCUAGGGUUUCUGUUUUUGGUCUUAAAUUCGUUGUUGGUUUGGAUUUGAUCUCUUUAAUUGUUGUCUCCUCGCUUUUGAUUAUGGAGGUUAGCUUAGUUGUUAGUGUUGUUUGGCUUUUAUGUGUUUCUCUUUUAGUUAUGUUAUGUGAUUGUAGUGUAGUAUGGAUAGUUGUUUGGUCUCUUUGUGGUUUUGGUGUGUACCUUUUGAAGUUUGUUGAUGUUAUUGGUAAGCAAUUGUGGUUUUUGUUGUUGUGGUUUGAAAUUGGAGAUGGUAUGAUAGUGAAGAAAUUGGGUUUAGUUUAUAGCCUCUGGGGGGUAGGGGGGAGUGAUGUUCUUUCCUUUUCUGAAGUAGGGAUGCUGAAGUUUGAAAGGAGAGGAAGGUUGUAUGUGUUGCAAGUCACUCUGGUCUUUGUUAGUUUCUUUGGAGACAAGUUGUUACGUAGUUUGGCAGGGGAAGGAGUUUGGGUAAGGAAGGGUCAAUGUUCUCAGGUUCUAGUUGUCAGUUGGUUAUUGGGAUUAACUUUUGUUAAUUUUCAAUUUAGGUUAGUGUGGAGCUUUGUACUCUAUGCUUUCAAAAUCUUCAAUUCAAACGCUGCUUUCCCAUUUUUUGGGAUUUAUAGCAUGCUUUUCGAGUCUCAUUUUGUGGCUCAAGAUGCUUGUGAAUCGAUCACAAGGUCUUUCCAACUAGCUUGUGGUAUUGUCAAACUUCCACUUCUUUCUUUGUCCUCCAAGGUUAACAGGUUAGCAAGGAUGCCUCACAGUGGUUACCAUUCCAAUAUUCGCUAUAUCUCCUAUAAAACAAAAACUACAGCCAACGGUGGAUUUGGCACGCUAAUUUCCAGUGGGUCGCUGGGUUGUGCAAGCAAGUUCAUCUCGACAAACAAAGGGCCGACACCGAAAGAGCCUACUAUCCUCUCGGCGAUCAAUGCUUUGUAUUUUUGU